AUGCCUUCAGAUGCGACUGGUAGAGAAACUUUACAUUACCUUUACAAAUGCAGCAAUCAACAAGCGAAACAUUAUUUAAUACUCUCCAACCACAACAAGUACCAACCAACGCAUUUGCUUUUCAACCACAACAAUCACCAACAAACGAAUUUGGAUUUUAGUGCUUUCCAACCACAAAAACCACAAGCGCCAACCAACGCAUUUGGAUUCAAUGCUUUCCAACCACAACAAUCACAGCAACAACCAUCAACUAGUGAAGUUGGAUUGUCUUGUGGUGGUUUUUGUGGUUGGAAAGUACUAAUUGGUUUUAGUGAUUUCCAAUCACAACAAUCACCAACAAAUGAACAACUACCAGUAAACAAAUCUGGAUCUAGUGCUUUCCAACUACAACAAACAGCACCUAGUGAAUUUGGGUUUAAUCCUUCAACUGGCAAAGGACCUGAACUUUACUUAAGUAACCCUUUCCAACCACCACAAGCACCAACUCAUGAAUUUGGAUUUAAUCCGCCAGCUGGUGCUUUCUUAACAUUUUAA